GCCAGUUGACGUUGACGCGAGUACAUGCUGUUGGUAGGUGUGGGUGGCGCUGUUGGGCGGCGCUUGUUGUAGAAAAAGAGCUAUAUCGCUGACUUUUCGUGUGAUAAGCCCUCGUGUGAUAACAAAAGAAUGUGUUGAACGACGCUUGGAAAAAGGUGCCGGUUUCUUCGAAAUUAUGUAUACCGUGACUAGAAAUUAUGUAUGAAGAUAACAUGAAGUCAACAAUGCAUCUUUCGAGUUCAUGUCACAGGCUGUUUACUUAGCGCACGCAUGGCGACGAUCGGCUCUGCCACGCUGACGGCACCACUGAUCUGCAGCCACGGAGUGGCGACAUCCGCGUCGGUGGCACUGCCGGUUUACGAUGACGAAGUGGGUCUCGGCGGGCUGCCGGACCGAGAACCCGACGACCGUCCGGAGAGGGAACUCUGCCCAGGUGACUCCGCUCGCCUCUCGCACCUCGACCGGCUGGCGACCGGCCGGCUGCAGAAGGUGGCAGCGUCCUGCCCCGUGCCGGCCUCCGCGUCCGGGUCAUCGUCCACUGGCCGGCCACGACCCGCGUACUGUACCGACCCGGCCGGACGCGAGUGCCGGGAUCUCGGUUCGGACCUGCACUCGGAGGGUCCGGCCCUGCCGCACGGAAGCGUGGGAGGCGUCGGCAAGUCGGAGUGGUACCCCUACGCCUGCUACUACUGCGAGUGCAGGUUCAAAUUCGUGAGCGCUCGCAGCAUGCACAUUGUGGACGUGCACACGAACUUGAUCAUCUCUUCCGGGCCGAACGAGGCAGAGCGCGAGAAUCGGCCAGGUGACGCAUUCGGUGGUGAAGACUCCGACCGCAGCCCCGGCAUCAACUUCGACACUCCGAAGGAAAUACUGGCACACCAAAAAGCGAGUCACCCCUGGCCCGAGCCCCCGGCGGAAGAGUUGUCACCGUCUCGUGCCGGGGGCCACGGGGCGUCGCAGUCGGAGUGGGAGCCGCAGUUUCCACAGGUGCCGGCGUCCGGCGUGGAAAAGGGGUCUGGGUCCACCUUCUGCCUGCCACGGGUGCAAAUGGAUACUCCCUCAUCUCCGAAGCGAGAGAUCGAGGCCAUAUAUGUCAACGAAGAAAGUCCGUUUCUGCAGGAGUGCGAGUUGCCCGACGGCCCCGGUAGUGCCCGGGAUCCCCUAAGCUUCGAGGACGAGAUGGAAGCAAAAGGAAGCAAUCUCGGCACAUCGACAAGGCGCGAUGGUGAACGCUCGUCUCCACCGGCCGUGGAGACCUGCUUAUUCUUUGGUGCCGCAGCCUGGCAGUGCUCAGAAGUCGAGGAGAAAAGGGUUGCUGGCAGGAGUGGAAGUGAUUGAGUAACUGAAGAAUGGUUGAGAGAACUGUUACCCGAUCUGUAAUGUCAAAGCAUCACACAUACAUGUUACGAUCUAUUGUGAUCUACAAGUCGUGAAUGAUAUGCAUCUUCCGAAAUUGUAAAAGUAAUUGUACAGUAGAAUUGGUGCUGUUGUAAUACAGAAUAAUUAUUACAAA